ACUAACAAGUCAAAUUUGGUUUUAGCUACCAACUUUUUCUUUUUUUGCUUAUUUGGAUAUUUUAUUAAAAUUUUGAUUUCACUUUGAACAAAAAAAAAGUUUUUAAUUUCGAAUUAUCUUCCUACUUUCUUGGAAAAUACACACGAACCUAAUUAUUUUUUUUAAUUUUGAGCUUUCUAAAGCCACUUGUAGAAAAACAUGAGGCAAUUGAAUAAAAAACAAAGCAAUAAUAGCAAAAGAUGCAAGUCCAUGACCAUUAUUAUGUCACAAAAAGUAGAAAAAAUCGAUAUUGUGUUUACCUUAUUCAAUUCAAUUGAUUUUCAUAUUUUUGUUUUGCUGUGAUUAGAGAGUGCCUUAAGAAAUCAAGGAGAAAAUUAAAAAUAUUUAAAAAAUUGGAAAAAAGUUUUCUGUGUUUUUUGUGUUUGAAUUACAAAAAAAAAUUAAAAGAGAUUUAAUCGUUAAUCUUGCCGGGGCAAUUAAGUAGAAUUGAAGAUUCCUAAACUUUAAGAUUAUCCAGGAAAAAGGAAAAUCGUGCAUUAUGGACGAUUCUAAUAAUAAAAGAAUAAUUCGUUUGGAUAAGGAAAAUAAGCGCUCAUUCGGAAUAUGCAUCGUCAAAGGAGAACAAAACAGGCAAAGUGGAAUUUUUAUCAAAGACAUCGUGCCACAAAGUCCAGCUUAUAUGUGUGGUAAAUUGAAGGUUGGUGACCAAAUACUAUCAUUAAAUGACAGAGACAUCCGAAAUGCUACUGAACAAAUAGUCAUCGAGUUGAUCAAAAAUGCUGGAAAAGUAAUUAAUCUUGAAAUUAGACCAAAUGAUUCAAUUAAGGAAAUUUAUAAACCAAGUGCACUUAAAAGACAACCCACACAAACUAAAGCUGAAGAGCAGAAUGGAAUGAACAACAACAACAACAAUAACAACAACGAUUCUAAUGUACAAGAAGACAACAUAUCGGAUAAAUUUGAUCCAUCAUUUUACGAUGAUGAAGACGAAAAUAUGAAUCUUACUGGUCGUAUGUUGAGUUCAUCUGGAUAUGAGAUUGACAGAGCUUCAGCAGCUAAUGCAAACUUAAGUGAGACCGAAAAAGCUGCUAGUAACGAGAAGGAAGAUGUAUUCGGUUACACGAAUUUUAAAAUUAAAAAACGUUACGGAAAACUCGGAAAAAUUGUAAAAGCUACAUUCGAAAGACAAGAUAAUGAAGAUAUUGGUUUAGCAUUUGCUGGUCAUAAAGAUCGACAAAAAAUGGCUUGCUUUAUAGCUGGUAUUAAUCCUGUGGGACCAUGUAAGAAGGCUGACUUACAAGUAGGUGAUGAAGUUUUGGAAAUGAACGGUAACGUCCUAAAGGACAGAUGUCAUUUAAAUGUAUCUUGUGUAUACAAAACCAUUCCUGGAAAUACUAUUACAUUUAUUGUUCUAAGACGAAGCAAUUAUUCUAGUGUAAUGUCAGUCAAACCAGUUACUAAAUUCUCAGAGGCAGUCGAUGAGACAAAAUGGUUAUUUACUGCAUACAAAAAUGUCAGAAAAGUACAAAUACGAAAAACCGGCGUCUGCAUAGGAAUUAUGGUAAUUGCAGGAAAACAUGUUGAAGUAGGAAACGGUAUUUUCAUAUCUGAUCUACAAGAAGGCUCCGUCGCUCAAGAAGCUGGUUUAAAAGUUGGUGAAAUGAUACUUGCUAUAAACAAGGAUAUUCUUGUUGAGACCAGCUACGAUACAGCUGUUGGAAUUAUUAAACGUUCUAAAGGUGUUAUUAACUUUGUUAUUGCCAAUUUAAAGAGCGAAGAACAGCUUAAGAAAGAAAAGGAAGCAGAAGAAAAAAAGAAAAUAGAACAAGAAAAAAAAGAAAAGAUUAAAGCAGAACCUGAAAAACCAAAAGAUCCACUAACAUGCGAAAUUUUCUCAAAUACAAAAACUGGAAUUGAAAUCAAAACCGAAAAGAAACCUUUGGGAGUUAUCGUUGUGGGAGGAAAAAAUAAUUAUGUUACGACUGGAGUGGUUAUAACACAUAUAUAUCCAGAUGGAAUGUUUGCUAAAGAUAACCGACUUGAAAUAUUUGAUCAAAUUUUAGAAAUAAACGGUAUUAAUCUGAAUUUUGAACAACUUAGACCUGGUGGCUACAAUUCAACAUUAAAAGUUCACCAGCAUUUUAAUUUACCUUAUGAGAAGGUAAAUAUGCAAGUUUAUAGAGCUAGUCCUAUUGAAACUGAAACAAUAACUGUUGAAGUUGCUAAGAAACCUGGUAAAGAUUUUGGUAUUUCUUUGGCUUACAAUGUUAGAGGAGCCGUUAUAACUGAUAUGUAUCCCGGGGGUUAUCCAGAAAUCGAUACUAAAUUACAGCGAGGUGAUAUUAUAAAUAAAAUUAAUGAUACUGAAUUAGAGAACACAUCAUUGGAAGUAUGUUAUUCUCUAUUAAAAGCAGCUACUGGAAAAGUUACUCUACAAGUAGUACGUCCAAAACCAAAUGAAAGGAAAUAAAACAAUUAAAAAAGAUAUU